AUGUACGUGUUCGGGCUGGGCGCCGCGGCGCACGUGGAGACGCUCAACGCGCUGGCGUCGCACAAGGAGGGCGAGCGGCACGUGUUCCUGCUGCGCGACCUGCGCGACCUGCACGAGACCUUCCAGCGCAUGAUCGACGAGAGCGAGACCCUGAGCAUGUGCGGCCUGGCCUACGACUUCGAGAGCGCCGCGGACGAGCAGAGGAACCCGUGGCACGCGGCCAUCACCGUCACGGUGCGACACGCGUGCGCGGGGCGGGGCAGCGGCACACGCGUGUUCCGCGGCGGGGCCCACGCGUGA